AUGGAUGAAUUAGUGGAUCAGAAAGAUGAGCUCAAGAGCGGCUGCGAAGGAGAUAACAUCCUCUCCGACCACAGUCCACACAAACAAGGAUCCAGGGAAGUCCAGGCCCUCAGGCAGCAGAUGGAGGCCCUUCAGCAGCAGUUUAAGCAGAGAGAGAGUGAUUGGUCUGUAGUUCGAUGCCAGCUGGACGAGGUGAUCAGAGAAAACUCCGAGCUGAGGAAGAGACUCACAGUUACGCCACAGUGCUGUCCAGUGGCCGACUGGCGUACUGCACAAACACACACUGAACACCAGGGACAGACACAGAUAGAGCAGCUUCUCUCUAACGGGACAAGGAAACUAAUCUCUGCAGAUCAGAAGACAAAAACAUUCCUAAAUGGAGACAUCAAACACAUUUUGGAAGACGGGAAAGUGGUGUAUUACUAUGCUGGUUCACAGAUAACACACACCACCUACCCGAGUGGUCUGGAGGUCCUUCACUUCCCCAACAAGCAGAUUGAGAAGCGAUACCCUGGGGGCAAGAGAGAGAUCUUAUUUCCAGACCAGACCAUCAAAUAUCUGGAGCCUGACGGCAGCGAGAGGACAAUCUUCACUGAUGGCACCACCGUUCACCUCUCACCAUCAGGUGAGAAGAUGGUCGAUUUCCCCAAUGGUCAGAGGGAGAUCCACACUUCCCAGUACAAGAGGAGAGAGGAUCCUGAUGGGACAGUGAAGACCAUCUACUCCAACGGACGACAGGAAACCAAGUACGCAUCCGGCAGAGUACGCAUCAAGGAAAAGAACAAAGUUACCAUCUGACCUCUUAAAUCAAUGUUUGUUCGUGUGUGAGAUGUAGUGUGUGUGUUUGGGGGGUGUAGUGUCGCGAGGAAAAACCUUUUUAUCAUGUUUCAAAUAGGGAUCAGUAGUCCAGGGAUCAGUGAUAGUAGAAUAGAGAUGUUAAUGAUACUAUUUAUUGACUAUUUAUUUAGAGUAGAGAGCUCAGGUGAUCUUUAAGGCUGGAAUAUGGCUCUUUGUCCCAUAGCGCAGAUUAAAUGUCUGUCUUAAAUUAAAGGAAUCUAAAUGGUUUGUUCAAAUACUUUAUUCACAUUAAUAAAAACAAUUGAGAAAGGCUAACACACAACAAUUCAGAAUAAUUAUGACCACUUUUCUCUUGUUGCUGUUGUAAACACUGUGCGUCUGGCGUUUGGCGUACGGAAGUGAUGUGUUUCACAUUACCACUUUUUUUUAUCUAAGUAAAAACAAGUCAGGGUUUAGCAAGAAAUCCAGAAGGAAAAAAAAACUAAGUGGGUUUGAAGUAUUGACUGAGCAAUGGAGGAUCCUUUGGCCCCCACAACAGUGAAUCAAAUUCUUCCUCACCAUCUAUGUUCUUCCUCACCUCCUCCUCUUCUUUUCUCCUCAACUUGUCCAUCGAUGUAGCCAACUGACCAGUCAGCUUGUGGAGCUCCUGUAUGACUAUCUUAACAUCCAGUUUGUGCUGCGAGGCUCUCAGAGUGGCUGAAUUAAAGGGGAAGGUCCGUAUGAAGUCUCCAACUCUGAGUGGAGGAAUAUGUUGUCCAUUCAUUGCUGUGGUUCCCUCCAAAGGAAUCCUUACCGGCCUUUGACUCCCACUGUGAAACAAUCACAAAGCAAGUAUUUAUUUUGCAGAUUUACUUGAAAUUCAGUUAAAAUGUGCAAUACAUUUGGAUGGAAACACGGCAAUGGACUUGCCUGUCUAGGAUUUAUGAGAAAUAGUGUUUGUUAAAUACUGAAUACACAAUGUUUUCUUACAUUUGGAACAGAAACUGACUCCUGACCACUAAGCCACACCUACUCCUGGGUGAUCCAAUCAUAUGGAAAAGAUUUGAUUUAAAUGCUUCUUGUAACUAAACCCCAACCACUGUCUGAAAUACGCCACAUUACUGAAGCUAAAGAUGCUCUAAUUUCCCUAAUAUUUCACCCCGCAGAUGAAAAAUGUGAUCAGUUUCAGCCAGAUUAGACACUGUCUACAAAAUUUGUUGCCAAGCUUACAGAAAAAGCAGCAGUACUGUAUGUACCUGUAAAUGUUUGGGAGCUUCUGUCUGAAUCCCAGCCCCC